UAGGCAUGUGAGGCUCAAACCCGACGGCUACAUUUAGUUGCGACUCAGUUACCCGAGAACCAGAAUGCGGGGAACGUGUACCGAGGAGGUCCGAAAUUCACCGGUGCACGGUCCAGGCUAUUGAGUGACAACUCCCCGCCUUCCUUACGUGAAGAGACUCGAACUUUAUCGGUCUUUGAAUCUCGAAUUUCGAACUUUUGGACCUUCCGGACCUCACUUCUUCCAUUUAGCACCGUUUGAUUGGAUUGGUACAGAUCAAUUAGCACCGUUGAGCUGCUUGAGCUUCAACCGCAAAGGAAAAGAAGACUACGUUACCCUUACCCAUAUCUCCAACCCCACAUAGUUGCCUCGGAAUCCAACCAACCCACUACAAUUAGCACAAUCAUGAUCCCGGGCCCCUAUCAAAACCUCCGCGUAGACCAGCACGACCGGAUCUUCGUCAUAACCCUCUGUAAACCCCCCGAAAACCGAAUCAACGUUGCGUUCGCGCAAGAAAUCAUUCGAGCACUCCGCGACAUCGAAAAAGAGCUUGGCCCGGAUUCAGAAGGCUGUGUGAUAACCAAGGGAAGCGAUGAGAAGUUUUGGUGUACGGGACUGGAGUUGGAUGAGGCAGAUACGAAUCCCUAUGCGAAUAGUGAUGGGUUUUAUCCUCUCCUAGCCACCCUCCUCGACUACCCGUACCCCACAGUCGCCCUCCUAACCGGCCACACUUUCGGCGGGGCCUGCCCCCUCGCCCUCGCCCACGACUACCGAAUCAUGAAUUCCCGUCGCGGCUUCUUCAGUAUGCCGCCUGUAAAUCUCGGACUCCAUUUCCCAGGUAUCGGGUCCCUUCCGCGCUUGAAACUCCGGCCCCAGGUUGCAAGGAAGAUGUUGCUGGAGGCCCAUCGUUGGACAGGAAUACAGGCACUGCAGGAUGGGAUUGUAGAUGCGGUUGCGGAGCCGGCAGAGAUGCUCGAAGUUGCUUUGGAGAAAGGGAGAAGUGUUCAAGGGAGGAGUAAAAUGGGCGUGUACAGUUCAUUAAGAAACGAGCUUUGGGGAGAAGCGACGGAGAAGUUGAGGAGUAUUAGUUAUGUGCAUGGACGGGUUGUUAGUGGACCUGCGAAGGCAAAGAUUUAG